UCAAAAUCUUAUGGAAAUUCUAGAUUCAUUAAAGACUUUCUUUAAUAUGGUCACGAAAUGUCAACUAUUCUGAUUGUAUAGAAACAAUUUGUGCAAUAUAUCCUUCCAUUAUUUUUCUUCUUUACACCAAUAUUUGCAAAGACUUCUUUGACAAUUGUAUUAGUAGCCGGAUGCCCUUGUUUUCCAAUUUUCCAAUCCUGAGUUUUCAUAUGUCUUUUGAUAUUCCAAUUUCUGACUUUAUUUCCACCACUUAUUAAAAAUGAAUCCACUGUUCACCUCUAGGCUCCUACUACUGACUGUAGUUUUGAAUUUUAUUAGCAAGUCAGAUUUCUCGCUGUCAUUACCAAUGACGUCAUCAGAAUAUUUAAAGAUCAGAUCGCAAUUGAUAGAUGAAAAUGAAAGUAGGAGACUCGGUUCCCAUCUUGUCUUAUCUUCAUCAGAACUUUUUGUUAAUAAUAUUUUCAUGAAGGAAAAAAAAACUUUGAUAGAAUCAAGUCGUCUGAACAAAACAGUUUUCUUUCCAACUGAAAGUUUUUACAAAUCAAAACGUCUGAUUGACGAGUCUUAUUUAUUUGAACUGAUCCACAAAAUGCCUAAAGGUGCAGCACUCCAUACACACGACUUGUCUAUGGUCAGUUUGGAUUGGAUUAUUCACAAUGCCACCUACAGAGAAAAUGUCUAUAUGUGUAUUUGGAAACAGAGUUAUCUCUUCAAAGUCUUUAAAACUCAACCUCUUGAAACAGAUUGUCAUUGGAAACUGGUCUCUAAGGAAAGACAAAACUCCAAGGAUGUGCAAGCUUUUGAUAUGGCUUUGCGUAACAACUUAAGUUUAGUGAGUGCAGAUCCAUUCCUUAGUUUCCAAGACAACCAGGCGGCCUGGCUCAGAUUCGGAAGAUAUUUCAGACAGGUUGGUCAACUACUCUAUUACAUUCCUAUUUUUAAAGACUUGUUAUGGCAGACUAUGAUUGAGUUUCGAGAAGCCAAUGUUCAAUUUAUUGAAGUAAGAGUCACGUAUUUCUGGUUAUAUGAUCUAAACGGCAAAGUGUACGAUAGAGAAUAUUGUGUGAAACUGGUGAAAGAAGUUAGUGACAAAUUUGUUCAACACUUUCCAGACUUCAGUGGAAUGAAAAUCAUCUUCUCUGGCAUUAGAUUUCAAAAUGUGACUACCAUAUUAAACGAGAUUAAAGACGUGAUGGCCUUACAUAAGAAAUAUCCAGAUGUUAUGGCAGGAUACGACCUCUCUGGAAAUGAGGCUCUGUACAAUCCAUUUUCCUAUUACAGUGAAGCUUUGUUGUAUCCAUCACAGCAAGAUCCUCCUUAUCACUUACCAUACUUCCUCCAUGCUGGAGAAACAAACUGGCAAGGGACUGAGACUGGGUACAAUCUGAUAGACGCCCUACUGCUCAACGCCACUCGAGUUGGACACGCCUAUGCUCUGAGCAAACAUCCACACUUGAUGAAGUUGUAUAAAGAGAGAGAUAUACCACUUGAAGUCCAGCCACUGUCUAAUCAGGUCCUCAGAUUGGUCAGCGAUUUUCGUAACCAUCCAAUGGCUUCACUAAUAGCCAGCAACUAUUCUAUCGUCAUUAGUUGUGAUGACCGCACCACCAUGGACUCUGCACCAUUAUCACAUGACUUCUAUAUCGUAUUUAUUGCAAUGUCCAGUGAUAAAGCUGACUUGACAUUGCUCAAACAACUGGCCAUUAAUUCAAUCAGAUUUAGCACAUUAAACAAUGUUCAGAAAGUUAAAGCAAUGAAACUUUGGCAGAUCAAGUGGAACACAUUUAUUACGGAUCUACAGAAAAUGCCUUACAUUCGAUCAACAUCUACAACCAAGGUGGUGCACUCUAAAAACAGUUCUACUCCUCUCCAUUGGCCAUCCUGGGCUUUCAUUUCCUUGGUCAUCGCAAUAUGGUACCACUCUGGAUUGAAAGUGUAGCUCGGAUGGGGACCAAGGAAGAUAACUGUAAUAUCCUUCCGUAAUGUCCCCUUGAGUACACAAACACAAUUGCUCCAACCUAAUUUCAAAUUAGCGAAAUGUGAUGAAUCAUGUUUAUAAAUUAAUAUUUGUUCAACAACUACAAACAAAAUUUAAUUUUUUUAUAUUUACGCUGCUUUUAAUCAAGUAAAAUUUAAAUAAUAAUUAUUUUAAGCUGAUAAUCUGAGACAUGCUAAAAGAGUGACCUCUUGGCUCUUAAUGUCCUUUGAAUGAUAGAUUUCGGAAAAUAAAUAUUUUUUAGAACCCGCCUCGGAUUACCUCCAACCAUGGGCGUAGCCAGGGGUGUGUGUGUCCGAAAUGAAAUCCCCCCCCCCCCCGCAGAGGGGGUAGUCGGAGUUUAGUGACUGAUCUUUUGCUUUAAUUUUGUUUAUUUUAGGUGAAAUUUUAAUACCAAACCAUCACUUGCCCUAGCACAGCCAAGGGGGUUUUAAGUUUAAAACCCCCUACCAGGGGGUUUUGCAUUUAAAUUUCCCUCUUCUAUUAAACAAAAAAAAUUGCACACGACAAUCCCAAAAUUCCAAGGGCACAUCUAAGUAAGAUUUUGAUUUUAAACCCUUCUCCAAAAUUCACGAUCAACCCCUCUUCAAUAUAAAAAAUCAAAUUACACACUCAAAAUUGUAUGAGCGUAGCCAAAGGGGUUCUGAGUUUAAACCCCUCCUCAGCUGGGUUUGAAGCUAAAAAUACCUCUUCAAUAUAAAAAAAAAGCAAAUUACGCACUCAAAAUGCUAUGAGCAUAGCCAAAGGUUUUUUUUAGUUUAAACCCCCCGCCAGCGGAGUUUGAAACUAAAAAAUAAAUCUUCAAAAUAAAAAAAAAACAAAUUCGCAAUCAAAAUGCUAUGAGCGUAGCCAAGCCUAUUGGGUGUUUUGAGUUUAAAUAUUCCUUCACAGGGGCUUGAUGCUAAAAAAAAUACCUCUUCAAUAUAAAAAAAAAAGCAAAUUACACACUAAAAUUCUUUGAGCGUAGCCAAACCAAUUGGGGGGGGGGUGAGUUUAAACUCCAGAUGGCAUUUUUAAAAGUUUAAAACCCCCUCAAGAUAGUUUUGAGAUUAAAACCUCCCUACAGAGCGUUUUAAGGUUGAAAGCCUCUCUCUUCAAUAUUAUUUCUAAAGCAAACUACAGUCACCAAAUUCUAUGACCGUCGCUAAAUGUGGUUUUGAAUUUUAAAAAAAAAACGAUAAAAUUUCCCUUUUCGAUAUAACAUCUAAAGAAAAAUAGUCACCUAAUUCCAAGAUAGAAGUCAAAAAAAGUUACACAUGUCUACCAGUGGCUGGGUUCCAUUAAUAAAGUGCAAUGAAAUUGAAAAGCACUAAAUGUGGCUCUACAAAGAUGGCUAAGAAGGAUUUUAGGAGUCAGUUAUAGAGAUCGGGUCUAAAUCAAGGAUAUCCUAUGUCAAAAUGGGAGUCGACCCCUUAGUAAGGUUGUGACAGAGCGUCGCAUGAGGUUUGCGGGACAUGUUCUCCGACAAAUUGAAUUACGCAUAAUAGGAGUUGCGAUGACAUCCUAGACAUUGCCAGUAACAGAUUUUUGUGGAAACAACUUUCCACCGAAUGCGCCAAAAGGCGCGGGAGGUCUGUAAGAAUAGAACAUUAGGUUUUUGAAAUAAAACUUUUUAAUAGCAAAAUAAGGCACUGUAUGUACCUCAGAAUAUGCAUUUAGUUAGCGCUCCCCCAGACCCCCUUGCUGACAAUGGCGAGGAGUCUACAAUUUUUCCACUAACUCCAGGAAGAACCUAUUCUAGGGCACAAUAAACGUUUUCCAAAAGAAUGAAGAGUCAGAAUGUAAUAGAGAUUAAUUAUGUACACACACACACACAUCCAUCCAUACAAACACAUAUAUAUAUAUUAUUUUUUUUUUCGGUGGGGGGGGGGGAGCAAAAAGCCCCCCCCCGGAAAAAAAUCCUGGCUACGCCCAUGCCUCCAACCCCCACCUAAAAAUUUCCCUGGUACCCUCAUGUAUAAAUCUAUUCAAGAGUAUAGAAAAUUAUAUCUCAAUGAUCUAGAUUCAGACUUGUAAACAUUAAAGGACAGUACUCGAGACUAGAAUACUGGAUCUAGUUACAGAUGUAGUUUUGAUAUUGUGUAUUGUGUAAAUAUAUGUACAUCCUUGUUGUCGCAAAUGAAUAGUCCAGCUAAUGAUUUCUGCAUGAGACCGUGUGCAAAAUGUGUCUGAACGUCUAUUUGUUUAUUGAUCGAUGUAACUAUUGACUGACUUCAGCCACUGACCUGGUUGCAUAAUAAAAAAAGACGUAAGCCAAAUUUAAUUUUUUUUAAAAUUAUAAUGGUCAAACCAGAGUUUUCCCUGUGUGGCCAAUUAGCUUGUAUUUUUCCAUGAAAUAUACAUAAACUGUCAAUUUUCUAGGAAAAAUGUAAGAGCCGUUUUCGAGAUCCUGGUCAAGAUAGGUUUUAUGUUCCACACAUGAGACACUGACGAUCAAGCAAUUUCGGCACGGUUUCGUAAGGGACAUUGUCCGAUAGGAGCCUACUUCACUAGGAUCCGAGAGAAUUACAAUCCCAGAUGUCGACACUGUCACACAGAAGACGAGACAGUAGAACACAUCCUCAACGAUUGCAGGGUGCUCAGAAACAGAUUCGAAGAUACAAGUCUUGGAACAGAUAAAACUGGUGCAUGCGGGAUUAAUCCCAGCACGGAGCCUUAGUGCAUGUAGGCUUACAAAUGAGUGUCUUAAGAUAUAAAAUGUCAAAGAAUCUUAACUUUAAAAUAUACUAAACAACCAUUGAGACUUUUUGGUUUCUAACAAAGCCUCAUGUGUACAUGGAAGGCGUUUCACUGCAAGAGCCUUUUAUGUUAUAAAUUUUUGACCUUGAAAAUGAAUAUCUACGCUUUUACUAGAAAUAAUAUUUUUAGCGCCCCCAUAAAUUUUUGAAAAAAUCUUAUUUCUCCAUGCGUUGUGGCUACUUUUUGUUUUCUAAAAGCAAACCGUUAGUUUAUAAAAAUAAUUACGCUAGCAAUUUUUUUCAUAAAAUUCACAACUUCUAAAACAAUACAUAAGUGUAAGGGAAAUUAUAUUAACAAUAUGUUAAACAAAGAAAGAUUAUUUUUUGGUAAAUUUUAUCUUUAUCUUAUCUUCUUAUCUUAUAUAUUACAGACGUUACUUCUUUAAAGAAGAUGAUUACUUCCUAGGCAUUUCAUGUCUCAAUACAUAUUAAUCAAUGAAUUAAACUCUGCUAAGUCGUUGAUUUUUCUGGCUUAUUCAGGCAACCCAUUCCAUUCUCUAAUGCCACUAGGGAAGAAGGAGCACUUGUAUGAAUUUCUUCUAUCGGAGAUGCUAUGAAAUGCACCUCAUUGCUUGUGUCUUUCUGAGUAUUUUAUUAGGUGUUUUUUUUUCUUUUUGUAAGUUACGGUUUAGUGUUUUAUGUAUUACUUUACUUUUAUUCUUCUGUCCUGGUGUGUCUCAAUAAAGUUUAGUGAUUUUA